AUGUUGUCACGUUGGAUCCAAUUAUCAAUCUGCCUUCUGAUUCUUUCAGCGUGUUCUUCACUCAACAACCAAAAUGUUGAUCGUAGAUCGGUACUUCAACAAGCAGUAGCCCUGGGUGGAGCUACUCUGUUGGUUCCACCAGGCCCAGCACUAGCCACCGCCAACAUUUCACCUAUCGCGACCUUGUCAGAUGGAACCAAGUUUCCACUAGCUUCAUUUGGGCUCCAAAUUUACAGCGAUGAUACAGCGUACAAGCUGACAAUGACAGCUCUGGAGACAGGAUACAGGAACUUCUUUGCAUCUGUUUUGGCAGGAAACCAACGUGGUUUUGCCAAGGCUGUCAAGGAUUCUGGGAUCCCAAGGAAAGAUUUGUUCAUCUGCGGUAGUGUUGUGUCGAACCGUGCAUCUGGCUUUGCCAACGCGAAAAGAGACACAACAACAGGCUGGAAGAAAAAUAUGGAUGCAUUUGGCGUUGGAAACAUUGACUAUCUAGAUCAAAUAAUGUUGGACUAUCCUGGACCGGACUGUGAAUCGGUGCUGGGACAAUGGGCAGCCUUUGAGGAGAUGCAUAAGCAAGGCUUGACGAAGACACUUGCCGUUUCCAACUUCAACUCAAAGCAAUUGGAUUGUGUCCUUGAAAAGUGCAGUGUAGCUCCAGUUGUCAACCAGUUGCCCUAUUCCGUUGCAUACCACCCUGGUAACUCAGUCGAAGAAAACAAUAAGCGAGGAGUGCUUGUACAGGCUUGGGCACCACUUGGUGGAUCCUUGGGUGGUAAAUUUGAUUCUAGUAAGAAGGGGGCUUGUGCUCAAAUCGGCAAAAAGUACAACAAGAGCUUUGCACAAGUUGCUUUGCGAUGGAUUGUGCAAAGCGGCGCAUCAUUUAACACUCAAAGCAAAAAGGUGGAGCACUUCAAGGAAGACCUUGAUAUCUUUGACUUUGAGCUCACACCAGAAGAGAUGAAUACGCUAGGCAGCCUUGCUUAA